CUGCCAAGAGCAAAACAAAACGAGCAUUGUAGUGCUUGCAGAAAUGAAGCUCAUGGGAAAGAGGUGGGGGGGGGGAGAGAGAGAGAAACACACACACAGAGGGAGGGGAGGGAGAGAGAGACCGAGAGAGAUCAAUCUUGUAUGUGUGUAUAAAGAAAAGAGAAUUGCAAUAUGUAGUAUAAAACUGACGAGAAGUUCUGCAGUGUUGAGCUGGAGGUGGGCGCUAGGAUUUGUAGAAGAGCCAACAAACCAGAGAAAAGACUGAAGAGGGAGGGGUUGCUUGAGAAGUCUUCCCCCCUUCCAAGUUUGCAGAAGGAAAAUUCCACCUCCGCUCAGCUUGGGCGAGGCCCCGUGCCCACAAUAAAUUCCAGCUGUGGAAAACAUGACGUGUGCGGACAUGAAGGAUCGCUAUUUCCUUUGGCAGCAGAAUCCGUUCUUGCAGAACACGCCCAGCUCGGCUCUCUUCACACACACACACAAACACUCAGAGCUUCUGAAAGACGCUGCAGGUUCUGGGGCUCUCCACCAUGUUCCUUGCUCAAGCUUUGCUAGAUGCCGCCACCAGUGGUGGUGGUGGCAGCGGUGGUGGUGGUGGAGGAGGUGGUGGAGGUGCCGGAGCCUUCCUGAAGAACUUGACAGGAGGAGGAGGAGGAGGAGGAGGCAGUGGUGGUGCUGGAGCCUUCUUGAAGAACUUGACGGGAGGAGGUGGUGGUGGUGCUGGAGGUGCCCUCAUACAAGGCCUUGGUGGACUCUUGUCUGGAGGAGGAGGCGGCAGUGGUGGUGGUGGUGGAGGAGGAACAAGUGGUGGUGGCGGUGGCAGCAAAGCCACCAACGUUUUGGGUCUUCUCGGAGGUCUGGUGAACAUCAUCAGUGAAGCCGCAGCCCAGUACAAACCAGAGCCCCCGCCAGCUCCUCGCAGCCAUUUUGCCAAUGUGGAAGCCAACGAAAGUGAGGAACUACGCCAGUUCCGAAGGCUCUUUGCCCAACUGGCCGGCGAUGACAUGGAAGUGUGUGCCACCGAGCUGAUGAACAUCCUCAACAAGGUGAUGGCCCGCCAUCAGGACUUGCAGUCCGAAGGCUUCAGCCUGGACACUUGCCGGAGCAUGGUGGCCGUCAUGGACAGCGAUGCCACGGGCAAGCUGGACUUCUACCAGUUCAGGUAUCUCUGGAACAACAUCAAGAAGUGGCAGUGCUCCUUCAAAGAGUACACCGGCCCGGCGGGGAGAAUCGAGAUGAGGAAUCUGCCCGCGGCUUUCAAGGCCGCCGGGUUUAACCUCCAUGAGCAGCUCUACGCCCUGAUGAUCCGCCGUUAUGCUGACGAAGACGGCACCAUGGAUUUCAACAACUUCAUCAGCUGCUUGGUCCGUCUGGAUGGAAUGUUCCGGGCCUUCAAAUCCCUGGACCGACGUGGUGAUGGAAAAGUCCAGAUGAAUAUUGAAGAGUGGUUGCAGCUCACCAUGUACUCUUAAAACAAGCAAGAGCUGGAAAGACAAAGCAGUGGUUUGCUCCACCUUGGACUGUACCAUUUAUGGGGGGAUUGAGGGAAGAGGGCUAGAUGUAAAAUUGCUUCUGCCAAGACUUGAAUUAAACCUUCCUGCUUACAGUGAGUGCCUUUUGGCUGAUAGCACCUGUGGGUUAUUGAGAUUAGCCAACGCAUGCAUUUUUUAAGAACAUUUGCUUAUUGCUUAUGUUUUGGUUUGUUGUUCAUGUCUGUGCCUGAAUUCUGCAACAGUAUUAAGGUUGUAAACUCAUGUUAGCACUGUUGGAAAUGUGUGGGAACCUGGGGGUUAGUUCAUAGGCAAUUAGGAGGAAAACCCAGCAUUUUGUUGCAAAAUAAAAGAUAGCCUACUCUCCUUAGGUUAACGCCUACAUUGUGCAAAACGAAGCAACUGUUACUAUCAUAAUUCCAAAUUCUCUCCCUCUCUGCUUUAGGAGAAUAUGUUUUGAUGUCCUUUACGUAUUUUGUUUCCAAUAUUGUUCUUAUCUUCUCCUCGUAAAUUGAUAUUCCCGGAUUCUAAGCCUUGAAUAAUCUCCCUGGUCUGGUUAAGAUAGUUCUUCUUGUGCUUUUUCAAAAGUCUGGCUGACUUUAAUUUACAGAUGUUUCUGUUGUUGAACAUAACCUGGGAUCUCAGUUAUGCCAGGAGCUCUGGUGUCCUCUGAUCAAGAUUUCAAACUCAUUUUUGAAGGAAUAAUAUGAAUGGCUCCCCUCUAGAUUCCAUAUAUCUAUGUUUCCAUCAUAGUCAGUUAUGGCAAUUUGGAGUGGUGGAAAUAGCACUCUGAGAGAUUUGGAAAACAACACGUUGUGUAAACACAAUCAGAGGAAGAUGACACCUGCAGCUUCUGGGCUAGCAUGUUUUUUGUUGCUUUUGCUGGUUUGUUGAAGAAAGAAAUUGUGGCAAAAAUAGAUCUUUUCUGACUAGUCAUUUAAAGGUCUCUCCGUUGUAAAGAAGAGAAAAUAAACUUGGAUGAUAACAAAAGGAG